CCAAACUUCUUUCCCCGAAUUUCGAAAGUCUAACUAAAAUGUGUUUUUAAAUGACUAUUUUCUGCGCAAGAAUGAUCGAAUAGCCUUUGAAAGGUGGUAGGAAAUAUUAAUUAACAAGAUGGUACGGGAAACCCGCCACUUGUGGGUUGGAAACCUUCCGGAAAACAUCAGAGAAGAAGAAAUUGUCAAGCACUUUACUCGAUAUGGCCGAGUGGAAAGUGUCAAAAUCUUGCCUAAACGUAGCGCAGAAGGAGGAAGAGCUGCUUUUGUAGAUUUCGUGGAUAUUCGGAGCGCUACCAAAGCUCACGAAUCUGUGAAUCGAAUCGGUGACCGCGAAAUGCGAACAGAUUACAACGAGCCGGGCAAUGCGGGUAAUAUCUCCCGGCUGCACGGGCAUACGGACCCUCCCUCGAGACCUACGAGUAACACAGCCCCAGGAUCGCCCGCACAAAGACGACGAUUUGAAAGAAGACCGGAGGGCAGUGGACCUGAUGGGCGUUAUAAUGGUCGAUCACAAGCCUUUUACCAAGAAGAUUAUAGUGAAGAUGAAACUGGAUCCUCUAGGGUAUCUGCCAAAGGAGGAGGCACUACAAGCCGGUCAAGACCUCGCAGUAGUGGAGAUCAUCGACGUCAACCUUAUAGUCAUGAACCCCGUCGAAAUACCCACAAGUUACCUGAAGCAUAUCGUGAUCAAGAGCCCAGUCCAGAUCACACCAGUGGUAGUGAAAGUGGAAGUGAGAGCAGCCACAGUGGGAGUCAGUCUGCCAGUUCAAGUGGCAGCAGCAGUAGCGAGGAAGAUAGCAGAGCUGGAAGUGCUCAUGGGAAUGCACCACCUCCUGGAGAGGUGCCACAGAGUACAACCAGAACAUCAUCACUUUGUUUGAGGAAUAUUUCAUUGAGAUCAGGAGAUAGUGGUGUCCGCGAUGGUCUUUACCAUGAGUUUAAAAAGCAUGGGGAUGUGACACGUAUUUCUGUAAAUGGGCAGGGAACCAGCAGAUAUGCUAUUGUACAAUUCAGAAGACCUGAAGAUGCUGAGAGAAGUCUUGAAAUUUGCCGUGGCAAAAUGUUCCUUGGUUCUGAGAUGGAUCUUCAGUAUUGGCAAAAUGAUCGAUAUGAGAGCAGUGACCACUCUCGCCAUCGCCCACAUGCCAGUUCCUUGAUGGAUGAGGAUUUUGAUCCCGGUUGUACUCGUACUCUGUUUGUUGGGAACAUUGAGAAGUCGACAACAUAUGCCGACCUCAAGGAAGCAUUUGAGAGAUAUGGUGAAAUUGUGGAUGUUGAUAUCAAGAAACAGACAGGAAACAAUCCAUAUGCAUUUAUUCAGUUUGUUGAACUCAGCAGUGCCAUCCAAGCUCGUCGACGAAUGGACAGGGAAUUUGUAGGAAGGAACAGAGUCAAGGUUGGAUUUGGCAAGGUGUCCCCCAUAAACACCAUCUGGGUAGGGAUGCUGGGUGAUCUGAGUGAGCAGCAGAUUGAGAGACACUUCAGUCGAUAUGGGCGUGUCACUAAGGUGGUGGUGAAUUAUCACAGAGAACAGGCGCUGGUGAGUUUUGACAGCGUGGAAUCUGCCAGCAUUGCCCAAGCAGAGAUGAAGGGCAGGAAUAUGUUUGGAAGGCGUGUGAGGGUUGAGUUUGUAAGUCGCGAAAGCCGACAACUUUUUAACGACGCCUUGCAACGUUCUGCUCCGUCUGACAGCAGCAGUAGUAACCGAAGAUACGAACCUUCAUCCCCUAGAACACGAGGCAGAGGCAGCGGCAGCGGCCCCGGGUAUUACGAUCAUCGAUGGGAAAGAGGCCGAGGAGGGCGCGGGACUAUGAGACGCGAGAUGUCCAAUCACCGACCUUGGCAUAGAGGCGGCGGUAACUAAGACUAUCCUGAGGGUAGCGGUUAU